AUGGGCGCGGCCGCCGGGGUUCGAACCCCGCACCUGCACCUCGUGGCCGCGCGCCCAGCAGUGGCGGAGGCCGCCGGGGUGCUCGUCAGCGCUUCGGGGCGGCACCGGAGGACGCGAGGGGGUCGUUUGCGAGCGGAGUCCGCAGAGGCUGCAGCCGAAUUGGAGGCUUUGCGGCUUCUGCUGCCUCAGCUGCCUCAGCCCACGACUCCACCGAUGGCGCCUCUGCUGCUCGCGCCUCCACCACGGUCACUCCUGCCGGCGCCGCCUCUGCCGCCGGUCUGGUGUCCUGAGCCGAGCGGGUGCUUCUCGCCACCGCCAAGGCCCCACCUCAGGCCGCUGCCGUCGCCACCGCCGCCGUGUUCCUCCACAGUGCCAGAACUGAUAACUGCUGAGGCUGCCGUCACGCCACCGCCGCUGUCGCCGUCGCCCAUGGAGGUUGUUGCUCCGUCUCCUCAUCCGAGCAUACCAAGUGGUGGUGCGCGUCCCAGGCAGGUCUUCAACGGGGCUUUUACCUCGCCCCCACGCGAGUAA